ACACCCAAACAACCAAUCGUUGAAUUUCAUUCCAAUCUUGACCGUCCAAGGAAUCCCUCCCACUUUCCUCGACCCUUCGCCUAUCUGGACUUUGAUUCUCUUUCAACUAGAAAAAGCUUCAGACACUGCAAACCAACCGCAUUCUCCAUCUAGCAACAAAAUCGUUUUUCAAGGAAUUGCGGGAUCGAACCAAGAAACGACGCCGUUGGGGAGUCUUUUUCCUAACUCUGCCUCCAGCCAUCGCCGGUGCAGAUGGCGUCCGUUGGCAUUCGUUGCGGAGGAUCCGAUUCUCUGCUGCAACGACCUCCGAUUGCUAAUCGUGAUCGGAUUGCCCGGCCUUGUUGUUCACUCAGGGUCGCGAAUAGCGCGAGAAUCACGAUGUCGAUGAGACAAACGGUGGCUCCGGAGCCAAUAACUCGUCGGAGUGAUCUCACAAUUAAACAUGAACCAGAGGACCGCAAGAGCGACGCCGUUGUGUUGGAAAAGUUAGUGGACGGGUGGAUGAAGCAUUCCGUGGGGGAGAUCGUCAAGAAUCUUCACGAAGCGCCGUUGCUUGUCCACGUGUAUUCCGAGGAUGACGACGAGAAGAACAAGGCGACGUUGAAGACGGAGAAGGCGCUGGAGGAAGAGAGUUGGGGUAGGAUCAUUGAGGAAUGGAAGAGAGGAUCAGCACGAAAACCGGAGGGCGUGAUAUUCGUUGAACAGCUGAAAGACGCGGACGAGGAAGAAGAGACGUCGACGGAUGGAGUGACGAUGGCUUGGGGAGUGGUGGUUCAAGGUAGAGGAGGAGGCGGUGUUGAGUGUGGGCCGCCCACAUGUUACCUGCUUAAGACGAGCCGGGCCGGUGCUGGGCCUGGAAUGGGCCUGUGUUGCACUCACUAUUGUUUGGUGAAGGUGAAGAGUUUCAGGGAAACGACGUCGUCUCAGCUAAAGAAUUGCUGGUUGGCACAGGGUAAUUGAAUUUGUGCAUAAACCAUAUUAGAUUUGAUUGAAUAUGGUUUAUGUAUGUACAUGACAUUAUUAUAAAAAUUACUCCAAUUCUAGACCUCCAGUCCAUUCAGUUCUCUGGACUAUGAAGUGUUUGUUACAAUUGUUGUCUCAUGUUCUGAUAAUGUUGUCAGAAAUUAAUUCAACAACUUUUAUUUGAAUUGUAAAAAAUCAAUGUAUUAAUGGAAGAUUUUGCAAACUCUUAUGGACC